AUGGCGUCUCUCCCUCCCCAACGCCCCGCGUCGCAGCGCAGAGCCUCUCCCCCAGCGGAAGCCUCGCCGUCGUUGUCGUCGCAGCAGGAAGAGGCCACGCGCAGCAGCAGCUUCUCCGCCGCCUCGGUAGACUCGCAGACGCUUCUGCUCAACUCGUCGCACGCCUCGGUCGACGCGCAGACGGACGCCAAGACAGACACCAAGACGCAGGACGAGGCAUCGCAAGAGGCACCGCAGGAGGCACCGCAGGAGGCACCGCCGCAGAGCGCCGCGCCACAGCCACAGGAGGACGAGGAGCCGCGCAGGUGCUGGAUCUGCUUCAACGACGAGACCGAAGACGACGCCACAAGCUCAGAGUGGCGGUCGCCGUGCACGUGUUCGCUGGUUGCGCACGAGAAGUGCCUGCUGGACUGGAUCGCUGACAUGGAAGCACCUACGGCCGGGCGACGCGCCGGGCGCAAGACGGGCAGGAUCCUGUGUCCACAGUGCAAGGCAGAGAUCCGCGUGCAGCGCCCGCGCAGUGUCGUUGUCGACUCGGUGCGCGUCGUGGAGAAACUGGCCGGCACGCUGCUGCUGCCUGGCUUUGCCUUUGUCACGGGCACCGCCCUCUACUCGACCCUGACCCUGGCCGGCACCCAGACCAUAUACGCCAUCUUUGGCACACAGGACGCCGCCCAGAUUCUGGGGCCGCUGUACCAGGCCCCGACCCCAGGCAUGCCCUCGUCGCUGGCGAUACGGCUGGUCGAGCACCUGCGCCACCACUGGAGGCUGGACAUUGGCCUGCCGCUGAUACCGGCCAUCCUCGUCGCCAGCCGUACCACGCUCGCCGACUCGUUCCUCCCGUUCCUGCCACUCAUCUUCUUCGUCAGCUCAGGCCAGCCCGGCGACGAGAUGCUGCAGCUGCAGUGGCCUCCGAGCGCCGCCUUCUCCUUCGCUGCCCUGCCAUACCUGCGGGGCUUCUACAACGCAUACUACGACCGCAUCUGGGCGCCGCGAGAGCAACGGUGGCUCAAGGAGAUUCAGCCUCGCGCAGGCACCGAGGACGCUGCAGAGGCCGGCGGCUUACAGUUUGAGCUCGGCGCAGUACAUGAUCACGACCACGACCAUGACCACGAUCAUGACCAUGAGCACGGCCACGAUCACGUCCAUCAUGACCAUGAUGACGAAGUGGACGAGGUGCUCGAGGUGGAGGUAGACUUCGACAUCUUCGGCGACUGGAACAAUGGCGCACACAACAACCACAAUGGCGUUGAGCCCGCACCGCCAGCUGAGCCCGCACAUCCUCUCAAUGCUCCUCCACUCGCCGACGAAGACCAAGCGCCCCACGUUCACGAGCAAGCAGCACCGCCCCCCGAUAUCCCCGCCCAGCCGCGCCGCCAGCGUGUCCGCCGCGAACGCAACAUCGCAUUCUCCACCACUUCGUUAGCAGACACCAUCCUCGGUGCACUCAUAUUCCCCUCCAUAGCUGCCGCUGUGGGCGAGCUUCUCCGCGUCUCGCUACCAACAUCGUGGGUCUCGCCACCGGUCGGGGCGGCAAGCACAUCUUGGCUUGGCGGAUGGAUGGGUGUGGGGGGCAAGAUUGGCGGGAAAGGCAGGCCCACGGGGUUCUUACAGACAAAAUGGGGCAGGAGCUUAGUUGGAGGAUGCUUGUUUGUAGGGUUGAAGGACGCAAUCAUGCUCUACGUGCGGUGGAAGAUGGCACAGAACCACAGGCGGAGGAAGGUCUUGGAUCACGAUCGAGCACGGAAGAGCAGGAGCACUGCGCAGGCCUGA